AUGACUCUUGCCUCUGCCCCCAUCGUACCCGAUCGCAAUGCGACAUUUCAUCCAUUCCCAUGGCUACCCUUAGAAAUUCGACGGAUGAAUUGGAGAGCUGCACUUUCUGGACCAAGAAAUGUGACGCUGAAACGUUUUUGUUUGAAGGACCCCGAAUAUCCUGUUAUUCUACCAAACCCUGGCAACUACCGCAUUUCCUUUGGCAGUCAUGCAGGGGCAAUCACAGGAUUUACACCUGUCAACUCAAAUCCAGCAAUCUUCUACACUUGCAUAGAAUCAUUGAAGGUUGCUUCCGAGACUUACACGCUUACUUUUGGCUCGUUGGAAGUUAGUCCACGAACGUGGUUCAAUUACGACAUGGAUUCCGUUCAUCUUGACGUGCCGUUCCUGAACACGACAUGCACACUCUACGAAAGCCAUGCUAUCAGCAGGAUUAUCUCCUCGCCCAAUUUCCUUCUUUCAUUGGCCGGAGUCGAUGGUCGAGAAGAUGUCGAGGAGGUGGUUCCCGUGGCACCAGAUGCAGACGGUAUUUAUGGUCCAUUAUUCUACCUGACCAUCAACGGAAUGGGAACAUCCUCGGAAUUCGAACUUAUCGAAUACCUGCAAUCACAUCUCUUACAGAUAAAAUGA